CAUUGGAAAAUUCGUAAUAUUUCUCUCAAAACAAGUGAAGGGGUAGUGCAUGGAGUCGGAGCCGUUUUCGAUUAAGUGAUUAAGAUUAUAUUUAAUAAUACAAAAUGAGUCAAGUGGAAGCAGAUGAAAAUAUACCUUCCACAAGCAGUGGAAGGAUUUCGCAAGAAGCAGCAAUUUCCAAAAGCAAUGUUCUCACUGCUGCUGAAAUAAAGCAGCGAUGGAAUUUUGCUAAGGUGAUAAGGAGAUUGGGGACAACAGAGCAGUGCGUCCAAUUUGCCGAGGAUAACGGCCUCAUUCUGCGGUCGAAAUUGUGUAAAAUACAUAAGACACAGAUGUCACUGCAAAUGAGGGGCAACAGCUCACUGGGCAUUUUUCGGUGCAGAAAAUCGUCAUGCCGAAAUAAAUCUGGGGUGUCUAGAGCGAGCGGGACUUGGUUUGAAAAUGCCAAGAUUUCGCUCCCCCAUAUUUUUCACAUCAUGUAUGGGUAUGCACAUCACUGGUCGAAUGCCAUGACGAGAGAAGAAAAUUUCGUCGAGGGCUCCUGCUUGUCUAACGAAACAAUAACUGACUGGUACAGUUAUUGCCGUGAGGCUGUUGUAACAUAUCAGGUUGACAAGCAGGAGUCCAAAGGAAAAAUAGGAGGACCGGGUAAAAUCGUGCAAAUAGACGAAAGCAAAUUCGGCAAAAGAAAAUAUAAUAAAGGGAGAAGAGUGGAAGGCCAUUGGGUUCUCGGUAUGAUAGAGAGCGGCAGCGAAGAUUUAAGGCUGGAGGUAUGUCCGGACAACGUGCGUUCGGCGGAGGUGCUCAUACCUUUGAUUAAAAAGCAUGUUGCGGAAGGCACAACAAUUCACACGGAUGACUGGGAAGCAUACGACUGCCUUCGCGAUCAUGGGUAUGAGCACCUAAAAGUAAACCACAGCGACCCGGACAAUCCGUUUGUGACGAGCGAUAUUAUUCAUACGCAGAGGAUAGUAUCUCAAUGGAGUGUGGUAAAACGGUUCUUUCAAAAGGAUAACUAUAACAAUCCAAGCAACUUCGCGGAUAUUAUUGUAGAGUAUCUUUGGCGCAAGUCAAUAAUUAAAAAUCACGAUGAUCCUUUUGAAAAGCUGAUUGAUGCCAUCAAAUACAGUUACAAACCAUAA